GCUGCUUCCACAGAGUCAGUCCGAGUCACCAGCUGCCAACUACUCACACUUGUUUGACUUUCAAGGAAAAUACUCCAGCCGCAAGAAACUGAGCUGUAGCAACCUCUGGAAUAGCUCGUGGAGAAGACGCAAACUAGGUUUUUCAGUACAGAGCCCCGAAGACACACUCACACAAGGCAGUCUACUGUAGUCAGACCCUGAAAGCAUCACCGCUGCCAUGCACAACCUCGUUUCCAUUGCCCUACUAUUCCUGGGUGCCAGUUUGGCUGCUUCCCUCUUCCUUCCUGACUCUCUGGAGCUGAGGCAGCUAAUGCAACGCUAUCAGGACGAACUGGAGCACAAUGGCACAAAAGCAGACGCGCCUUUACGCACACGCAGAGCCAUCAGGUGGUCGGACAGGGAGGAGAUCCUGCAACUGCACAACAAGCUGAGAGGAGAGGUGUACCCGACCGCCUCCAACAUGGAGUACAUGAUAUGGGAUGAUGAACUGGAGAAGUCAGCGACCUAUUGGGCAGAACAGUGCCAGUGGGAACAUGGACCCAAAGACCUACUGAUGUCCAUCGGGCAGAACCUCGCAGUGCACUGGGGAAGGUACCGCUCUCCAGCCUAUCAUGUGCAGGCCUGGUACGACGAGGUGAAGGACUACACCUAUCCUUACCCGCAUGAGUGCAACCCUUGGUGCCCCGAGCGCUGCUCUGGACCCAUGUGCACCCACUACACACAACUGGUCUGGGCCACGACCAAUCGCGUUGGCUGUGCUGUUCAUGUGUGUCCGCGUAUGGACGUAUGGGGAGAGAUCUGGGAGACCGCCGUCUAUCUCGUCUGCAACUACUCGCCCAAGGGAAACUGGAUCGGGGAAGCCCCGUACCAACACGGCCGACCCUGUUCCCAGUGCCCACCAAGCUAUGGAGGAAGCUGCAGAGACAACCUCUGUUACAAGGGAGACCCUGAACGCCAUGAGUCUCCAGAUAUGAAUGAGGUGGAGAAGCCACAGGAGCCACUACAUCCUCGAACUACUCCAACUAAGUCUCAGCCCAAACCCUCUUCCCCCCAAAAACCUGCAAAUGCCAAUCCUUCCUCAACCAAGCUGUCAAGAACUAACUAUCUAGCACAAAAUAUUAAGUGUGAGACAAGAAUGAGGGACAAAUGCAAAGGAGCAACCUGCAACAGGUACAACUGCCCAGCAAACUGCUUAAAUAAGAAGGGAAAAGUGUGGGGAACAUUGUACUAUGAUGUUCAAUCAAGUAUUUGCCGUGCUGCUAUCCACUAUGGAGUAAUUGACAACAAUGGAGGCCUUGUGGACAUCACAAGAAAAGACAACUUCCCAUUCUUCGUAAAAGCAACCAAGAAUGGUGUAGAAUCACUCAGUAAAUACAAACCUGGCAAUGCAUUUACAGUGUCAAGAGUGGAAGAGCAAACAAUAGACUGCUACACAACAGUGGCUGAGAUUUGUCCCUUCAAGGAGUCCACCUCUCAUUGUCCAAGAGUCAUCUGCCCAGCUAACUGCAUAAACGAACCUUCAUAUUGGGCUCCAGUGGUCGGCAGCAACAUCUACGGCGAUGGCUCCAGUAUCUGCCGAGCAGCUAUCCACGCUGGAGUGAUCAAAGCCGGCGGCGGCUAUGUGGACCUCCUGGCUCUGGAUAAGAGGAAAAGCUACACCGGGACCUUGAAGAAUGGCAUCCAGUCGGAGAGUAAAACCAAUACAGAUGGCGGUUCCUUCCGUGUCUUCGCUGUUAGAGAGUGAGACGGCAUUGAUAGGACACAAAAGAUCACCGGUUUGCUGUCAAAAGACGGGACAUUUUCAACCUCUCUGACUCUAAUUUUGGAGGAAAGAAACAUUUACAGAAGACCAAAGUAUCUGUCAAAGUCUGCUAACUCAAUCAGUGGGAUUCCAAAGGUGUUAUAUACAAUCGUGAAUAAUAUUUUAGACCACACGUGCAACUCUUAACAAAAUGCAGUGUGGUAGAAAAGGUAUUAUAACAGCGGUGCUGGUUUUAAUCGUUGUUGUUGUUGUUUUUUUAAAUCAGUUAAGUCUGUUUAUGUUUUGAUUAUAUUCUAUUCGUUUUGAAUACAUGCAAAAUUUCUAAUUUCCAUACAAAAUGCAUAUUGAUUACACUGUAUUUAAUCUGUACAGAUAUUUUGUUGAUUUGUCAGCCUUGUUAUGUGUUUCUCAUUUUUUGGUUUACUUCAUAAAUCAUUUGUGGAAGCCAGAGCUGAAAUAGAGCGUAAAAGUCAAAACCUACUUUUUAGUACUCAUCUCCAAGAUGAGUCACAAAAUGACACAUCUGAUAUGACAACAUAAUUCCGAGCUCUGUCUGAAAAGUUGAAGUUUUAUUGUUUAAAUCAAUGAGGAAAAUGAGUGGGGUUUUUACUUCCGGAAACUUUUGCACUCUAUAGCAAUAGUAGUAGAGAGUGUACAGUGCUGUAGGGGGGAUUUAUUGGAGCUGAUGUGGGCAAACAGAUGAUUCGCAGAGAAAUGGCAAAGAAAAAGAGGCAAACCUCCAAGCAAAAGAAACCUUCCCUUCAUAAUGCAUGCGAGCCUUCCAGAAUCAACAGUACUCAGACAUUAUGGUAAAGGUGCAAAAACAAUGAAACAACGUUCAAUCCCAGGAGGAUUCAGAGUCACGGAGUGCAUGUUUAGGCUCAUCUUUCAUUAUAGUACCUUCAUUUUUGUUAUUUAUUAUUAUGCCCCUGCUCAGAACUGCAAAUUCUGUGGAACAGAACCAAAUAUUUAUGAAUGUGGCACGUGAUAUGUGCUCAUUUGAGAAUCAAACAUCUGUCAUAUUCCUGUUUGGCUAAAUGCUAUACACAACCCAGAGCUUGUCAUUACUGCCAAAAGCAAUUUCAUUAUAAGUUUAACUUUAUUUCUUAUUUGGCACGGAAUGAAAUCCAAGUGCGCAGUGCCGACCGAACACCGAUUUGUUUAAACCACUUUAUACUGCAACGUAAUAAAACGGCCUCGGAGAAGAAAGAAGUAGGUCUACUUCUUAUCUAAAUGCAUAUUUCUUAGUUUGUUUAGGAUUCAGAGUCCAGGAUUUAGACUUGUGUGGAUGUUCUUAUAUGAAAUAAGGGCACGAUAAUCCAUUUGAAGGCUUCCGUUUUGCUGCUUUUUACUUUUCAUCUACUUUCUUUGUAACUUUCUUGAAUUGGUUACCUCAGUCCUGUUGCAGCGAUAUAUUUGAGUAUUGUUUUUAGGGAAAUCUUAAAUGUUUGUACAGUACAAUGGUUUGUGUAAAUAUUCCGAUUCGUGCUUUGUUUUCAAGUCUGUAUUGUAAAAGUAUGAAAGUGUAUGUCAUCUGUGCCUUUUUAAAGCCAGGGGACAAUUGUUUUUUUGCACAAAUUUAAAAUGAAGACUAUAAAAUCUAUGAUACUAA